AUGCAGCACAGAGGAUGGUGCCAGUGGUGCGGCAGCUGCCGAGAGGGCUGGUGGCGGGGCAGGUCGGAGGACAGUGACGCUGGCACGCCCAUGGGUGUGGAAGAUGACAUCGACAUGCAGGUGGGGGAAAAGACAGUCAUCAUCUGAUGAAUGUGGGGACGGGACGGAUGGGUUUGUGUUAUGCAAUCAAUCAACCAGGGUGGGCAUGGCGACACUGCCGUCUUGUCGGCCCUCAGUGCCGUGAAAGCCAAGCUACAGAGGCAGCUGGCGCGCAUCGAGGCGCAGUUCCAGAGGCAGCCCAGAGGCAGCUGGCACGCGUCGAGGAGGCAGAGGCAAAGGUGAACGAUUGAUACAUGCAUCCAUCCAUACAUCCACUCGUGACUCAACAACCGCCUGUCUGCGUCUGUGUGUGCGUCUGGUAUCUGGGCUGCUCAGGCACAGCAUUUGUUUGCAGUGAGGGACGCCCUGCCGCCGCCCCAAACAGACGCACAGCAAAACCGAGUGCAGGUGAGGAGACCAACGCGCACCCACACGGGUGCAGCAAACAUAUGAGUGGCCCUUAUUGUCUUGUGCUGUCAGGACAUCGACCGCCACCUGCGAGUGCUGCGGUCUAUGGUGCGGCUACUGACUCUCCCGCAGCUCGGGCACACGACAGCCGGCCGAUUGAUGAAGCAGGUGGCCAGCAAGCUCGAAAUGAUCGAAGGCAAAAUGGCCAAUAUCAACAGAGAUGAGCAGGCGAGCAAGCAGCCAACAAAAGUAUUGACACACAUCGCUCGCUGGCUGAGGAUCGUAUGUUCCUGUCUGUCAGGUUGAAUGUUCAUUUUUGGAGCGUGUGCCUGAGGCCCUCUGGAUGAGCGACGGGAGGCGCAUCGGCAUCGGCGGCUUCCUGGGCUUCAUUCCCUCUAUCGAGUCCAUCCUUCAUCUGAGCACCCACUUUCGCUCUCUCACGGAGCAGCCAGCCAUGCAUCCAAUCGUCCAGCUCACCGACAGCCCAAAGCCACGCAUCGCUGCCAGAUGGACAGGUAAGAAAUGGGCAACAAGCCACCAAACACACGAGCCGACACGGCAUCUGUGUGGGUGGGUGGGUGCGCAUCAGGUCGGCUGUCGACGUGCCAGACAUUCGUUGUGGACCACUGGCCAAGUCAAUCGCUCGUCCAACUGCUCGAAGGCACUGCGCCGACCGUCCAGACAAUCGACCUCCGUGGCCAGGCACCCCGAAGCAGAGGCGGCGGCUUGCCAGGCACCCUCUACAUGAGGAAGAAGCAGAUAGCAGCAGAGAGCCUCUCACAUGUAGAGGAAAGAGAAAAGGAGGUACAGAGAUGGACGCACGAGGGAAGAACAACACCAUCGGUGCAUCUCUCUCGCUCUCUUUGUCUGUGUGUGUGUGGCCAGAAGCCGAUCGUUUUCCCUAACCUGCGGAAGGUGAGCGUCCGUGGAAACUCCGGGUGGGGCAGCUAUGCUGCCAUGCGCAACUACCAGCUUCCCGCCCUCUCACACUUGACAGCGAGUGUCUUCAGUACGUCGGUUUCGUGGGCAUGGAUCAAAGGGGCCUCAGGGGGCCUCACAUCGAUCCACAUCGUCGAAGAGGUGCGCCAGGGACACACAGAUGUGACGACCAAAUGACAAGUGUGUGUAUGUUUGCAGGAGCAGCAUGUGGCACCGAUGGACCUCGAUGCCGUAGCAGAUUCACUUUUCGGCACCGUGACGCAAUCAGGUGAGGGGUGGUAAGAGAGACCGACAGACAGGACUUGUCAAUUAGGCCCAACCGACUGUUUUUCUCUUCUUCUCACGACCAGCCGCAACGCUCACGUCCCUGACUGGUCAUCUCACGCCCCGGCCGGACAAGCUCAAGCGAUUCGUCCGAGCACUCGACGGGAGCCGCCUGCAGAAGAUUGAACUGAUGCUCAGGGAUGAGAACGAACUCAGUUCCAUCGAGGUACAGACGAACAAUACCAACAGAAAAUGAUGCUCUCAGGAGUACAUCUGCACCAUGAUUGUGCCCCCAUUCUUUCGGCAGAUGUUGCACCGGUUUCGCACCAGCUGUCUCGCCGCCACUGCGGAGGAGACGUACUACAGCUACAGCCUCGAUAGCCCCUCAUCCCCGCCAUGCCCCGCAACGAAGAGAAGCUCUGGCUAUGCCUCCCCCUGGCAAGCCACAACAUGUCCCGCUACUGUGGGCCACGUCCUGGCGAUAGAUCAGCAAGAUGGCUUCUAUGGGCGGACAGGAGGCGCUCAAAGCCAUCAAGAUGAUUGACUUCUGCAGCGUCCAAGAGAAAGGGGACCGCCAACAACGCUGCACUGAUGGGGAUGAGAGGCACACAGAGAGACCCGUCCUUACGCGGACCAAUGGCAAUUCGGUCAGUGAUGCUCCUCGCCCGAUGCGCAAAGGAAGCUCAUCUUGUCUGUCUGUCUGCCUGCCUGCCUGCCUGUCUAUCUGUCUAUCUGUCUGCCUGUCGGUCUGUCCGUCCGUCCGUCCGUCCGUCUGUCUGUCAGGUGUGUUGGCUGAGGAACUGAGAACUGUGUUGCCAGAGGUAGCGCUCGAGAGCAGUGUGGACAGGGGGGACGACAAGGUGCUGUACGUCAACCUGCCUGCCAUGCUCUACAAGACCAUGCACGCGACACAACACAUGGCACACACGACAGAGGCACACGAGAGCGGGGCGGAUGAGGCACGGCAGCCAUAAGUGAGAUCAGGCAGGAGCUAGCCAAUCUGACAAGGGAUACUCGAGAGAUGAAAGCACUGGUGAGUGCCGUUGUGAUCGAUCGAUAUGAGAGGGAGGGACGGCGGCAGCAGGGGGGACGUGGGCCGCCUCUGUAUGAUGGUGGGAUCGAUAUGGUCCGUGGCAGGGGACGACUAAUUGCAUACAUGCGUCAUACACAUGUUGAUAGAGUCCAUGGCUCGGCUGGGGACAUGGACCGUGGAAAGAGACAUGGGUUGCAUUGUAUUUUCUCAGUGAGUGGCUGACGAGUCAAUGCACAUGCACACA